AUGGCGGACAGCACCACUCUCGAACUCCCCAACAACUGGAAGUACAAGCGAUUUACCAUCUUGGGCUACAAGCUUCCGUGGUUUGCAUCGCCGCCGGUGCAGCUCAUCAUUGUGUCUUUUGUCUGCUUCAUGUGCCCGGGCAUGUUCAACGCGCUCAACGGCAUGGGCGGGGGCGGUCAGCUCGAUCCAACUGCGAACAACAAGGCCAACACAGCUUUGUAUUCAACCUUUGCCGUCGUUGGCUUUUUCGCAGGCACCUUCACUAACAAGCUGGGCAUCCGCACUGCUCUGUCAUUCGGAGGCAUUGGCUAUUCUGUCUAUGUGGCAUCCUAUCUUUCGUACAACCAUACAAAGAACCUAGGCUUCACCACAUUUGCGGGUGCGUUGCUCGGUGUGUGUGCUGGUCUGCUAUGGUGUGCGCAGGGCGCUAUCAUGAUGUCCUACCCGCCCGAGGCCUCCAAGGGUCGUUACAUCUCCUGGUUCUGGAUGAUUUUCAAUUUGGGCGCCGUUAUUGGUAGUCUGAUUCCCCUGGGUCAGAACAUGAAUACCAAAGUCGCGUCGUCUGUCAAUGACGGCACGUAUAUUGGUUUCCUGAUCUUGACCAUCCUUGGUGCUGCCCUGGCCUGGACCCUAGUCGAUGCCAGGGAUGUUAUCCGAGCGGACGGAUCCAAGGUCAUCGUUAUGAAGCACCCCUCGUGGAAGUCUGAGAUUGUAGGGUUGUGGCAAACAUUCUUCACCGACGCUUACAUCAUCCUCUUGUUCCCAAUGUUCCUUGCCUCCAACUGGUUUUACGCGUACCACUUCACCGAGAUCAACAACGCCUACUUCAACACACGGACACGCGCGCUGAACGGAGUUGUCUACUACAUCAUGCAAAUCAUCGGUGCCUACGUCUUCGGUUUCGCGCUCGACUUCAAGGGUGUACGCCGAACGACCCGUGCCAAAGCUGCGUGGGCAUCGCUUUUUACCCUCAUCAUGAUCAUCUGGGGCUUUGGGUACAUGUUCCAGAAGACAUAUGAUCGCAAGUGGGCCGAGGACGCCAAGGCCAACGAUACACAACACGAUUGGACAGACGCGGGCUAUGCUGGACCUUUUGUGCUUUACAUGUUCUAUGGCUUCUCCGAUGCCGCAUGGCAAACAUGCGUCUACUGGUUCAUGGGUGCUUUGACCAACAACGGUCGUAAGCUCGCCAAUUUUGCAGGAUUCUACAAGGGUAUCCAGUCCGCUGGUGGUGCCAUCACCUGGCGCCUGGACGACAUGAAAAUACCCUUCAUGUCAAUGUUUGCCUCGAAUUGGGGCCUUCUAGCUGGCAGUCUCCUCAUCGCACUUCCUGUUAUCCUUUGGAAGGUAGAAGACACUGUUUCUUUGGAGAAAGAUGUGGAGUUCACAGACGAUACCGUCGCGGAAGUCGCUCCAAAGCAUGUGACUACAGCGCCGGGCGAACAUAUCAAGGUCUGA